AUGGCGAGAACAAAAACUCCAUGCGUCGUGUCAACGGCAAAAGACUUACCGGUAGAAGGAGACCAUAGAGGAAAACAGCCUGUUACGUACGCUUCUCGGCAGGUUGAGAUCCGUGUAGGGGAGUCAUCUAAAUCUGGUCCAAGUAAGAAACGACAACGGGAUGGGGACACGGAGAAUCCAUGCGAGAAGACGAACAUGAAGAAACAGAAAGGUGGAACAAGUGCAAGCGGGUUCGGGAAGAAGUGCAGCCCGAAUUCAGUCAUUGAGAUGCUGGACGGUAGUAUUACGCCGGCGCGGGAGGCUAUUCUGCAGAAGUUGGGUCUUGGAUGUCUGCUCAAUUUGAAGAUGAGGCGAUUUGAUAUGACCUUGCUGGGGUGGAUGACUAGAGUUUUUGACGUGGAUUCAAUGUCCAUAUCAAUGGAGGAUGGGGGGGGGGGGGCUGAAUUUCACUGUGGAUGA